AACAACGCUCAUUUUAACUUUGAUAGCCUUACCAUUCCUCUCACACCGAGAUUCAAGAAAAAAAAACACUUGGCUUCAUUCAAAGCACGCCACACAUCCGAGACAGUGCUGACAUCCAAGGAAAUAGAUACCAUUUUCGUCGCUUGUGUUUCCAAAGAAGCCGUUACAAUGAACGAUCUCAAGAAGAAGGACCCGGAGUGCGCUGCUGAUUCCGCCUCCGACUUUACACCUGUCGCCAAGCCCAGGCAUCAUCUGGACUUGAAGAAGGCAGCCAUGUGGGCUGUUCUUUUCGUCUUUGGCGUCGGGGCUGUUUUUGGGCUCGGCGUCCUCGCCUCCGUUUGUGAACGCUCGUUGCACUCGAAUCAUGGUCUCGCUGUGCUGGAGUCUCCUGAAGUCCACAAGGAUCCCAAGCUGGACGCUCGCGAUGACCGCUUUGAUGAGGAAUACCCCCCCUCUAUUAUGCCUCCUGCUCCACGCCUUGCCGAGGAUGCUCCCAUGUCAGCUGCGUCUCCCACUCCCACUCCUUCGGAUGACGGAGGUCUUAUGAUCCCUAUCUCGACUCAGACUGAGCUGUCGACAAUCUACAGCUUGAGCAGAAUCCCCAAGACAACCGAGUAUCCCGUCACUGUGGAAGCAUCUACCUCCGUCGCUGAAGACACCAGCUGCAUCGUUUCCGUCGUGACCACCGAGACUAAGAUUGCCGUUGUCACCGUCACCGUUAUCCCAACCACUUCUGACCACUGGUCCGGAUACGUGACCAUCACCGGCGACGCAUCCACCGUCACAGCAGUCAACACUGAGACUUCCUACACCAGUGGGCUGCCAGACGCCACUGUGUCAAACAACCCGUCAACACUGACCCAGGUCCACACCGAUCUCUCCUACACAAGCGGCUUGCCAGACGCCACUGUCUCCGGAAACCCAUCCACCAUAACGGAUGUCCAGACACAGCUCUCAGUCACCUCGGGCCUCCCCGACGCAACCGUCUCAGGGAACCCCUCGACCGUCACCAACCUCGACGCCACCUAUUCUCUGACAUCAAGCUCCACCGCUCGCUACAACACGAAGCUGACCAUUGUCAUCUCCGACCUCUGGCAGACCUCGACCCAUUCCACCGUCACCACAGUGGUCACGAGGGUCAGCACCGCGACCACCACCGAGUCCGCCCCGCCCUACUCGACCCCCGUCGAUGACAAGGACACCAGCGCCGCCGAGGUCUCCUACGCCUCCAACGUCGACGGCGCCACCGCCUCCGACAGGCACGAGACCAUCUCGUCCACCGCCAGCAUCACCGCCACUGUCUUUCUCAGUGAGCCUCCCUACCCCAGCAACGGCACUGCGUCCUCCUACCCCUAUGGGACAGUGAGCAGCGUUGUUGCGCCUACCACCCCGGUCGUGGUCUCGGGAGCCAACGAGAGAGCUGGGCCGUGCGGCACCGGCCUCCAUCAUAUUCAUGCCAUGGUGCUCGUCGCAGUCAUCAUGUUUCUCUAC